GCGCCUGAACAAACCGGCGGCGCCGCCAAGCCGAGAGCUCGAGCCGUGUUAAAUAGCCGCAGCGCGCUCGGCGACAGUCCAGUCAGUCUCCAGUGCCCUCGCGCUAUCUUUCUCUCUCUCUCUCUCUCUCCCUCUCAAUCCUCUCGCAACUUUAUUAACUCGCAUUUUAUGCGCUGCCGACCCACGUUCAUCCUGCAAUCUAGUCGACAACUGCCCGAUCUCAUCACCUUGGAUUACUGCUCAGAAAUAAAGACUUCAACGAAAUUGGCCAUGGCUUCAAUUCCUCAGGGUGCUUUUGCAACCUUCAAGAUCAGGGCCAACCUAUCUCAAAAGGAAGAUUGGAGUAAAAGAGAUGAUGACUCCAAAAAGCCCAAAGACAAAAACUACUCGUAUCCAAAGUUCGGCCAAGAAUUGCUUGAUGCUUUACCAGUGAAAUACAACGGCAAACUGAUGAACAGCAUCUGGGGACAGUACAACAAGUACUCUGUGCAUAACUUCAAGCAGAUGAAAGGCGAUGCCCUCGUGCACAGGCAGCCCCCAGUUGACGAAAUGAUUGUCAAUGGAAUGUCUGCCUGUGCCAGCAACCCUACAUUCUUUGCCAACAAAAGUGGAUAAGCUUUUGUUGGCUUAAAAUGUAGUAGAAAUUUAAUGUAGGGGCAUCGUUCCAUGUUAUUUAAAGAGCAUGAUAUAUUUCACAAUUCAUUUUUGUGUCAAUUUAUCAAGCAAACUGGAUAACACUAUUAUCAAACAUGAAACGAAUAGUGGAAAAUAAAAAUUAAAGAAAAAUUGAAUAA